GUUUAAAUACUUUUUUACAGUUCCCUGUUUUAGUUUUUUUUAUAACAAAUCUCCAAUAUUUUUUCUGCAGGUUGAUGUAUACUAAAUAAUAACAAUCAUUGUUUAUAAAAACACCGGAAAUAAAAAUAAAAAAAUGAAUUGGAUAAAAUGGACAAUAAUAAAUUCUCGCAAUAUAUUUUAUUUAAAUAAUAUAAAUAUGUCUAUCAGAUAUUAUGCAAGACAUAAAUGUAUCAAUAAUUACAAUAAUAAUGUUUUAUUUACAUGUAAAGAUUUAAUUACUGGAGCAGGCGCGUACAUAAACAAUGUAAACAAAAGACUAUUUUUUGUUUCACGUGUCCUGGACAAGGGAAAAGAAAAAGGUGACAAGAAAAAAAAAGUUGAUAAAGCUCAGCACAUUGAUCUACUUGAAGCAAAACAGAUAAUAAAUGUUGACAAGUACACGUCGCAGUUGGAUUACGCGCUCGAGGACAUGAAAAAUAAUUUCAUAAAACAUCUUACCCUGAGAUCGGCUGCUGGAUCCAUCGAUCAUGUCCAAGUUACUUUUGAAGGAGAAGAAUAUUUGCUACAAGACCUCACGCAAAUUGCGCAUAAGCCCAAGAUGGUUGUAUUGAAUGUGACAACUUUUCCACAGGCGAUUCCGAACAUUUUGGAGGCUUUAAGUAAGAGCGGGUUGAAUUUAAAUCCGCAGCAGGAUGGAACAACUUUAUUUAUACCUAUUCCGAAAGUCACCAAAGAACACCGGGAGGGUUUAGCUAAAAAUGCUAAGGCAUUAUUCAUAAAAUGCCGGGAUAAUAUCAAAGAUGUAAGAAAUAAAGAAGUUAAAAAUCUUAAAAAAGUUUCAUCGGUUAAUGAAGAUCAAAUUAGAAGAGUACAGAGUCAGCUGGAGGCACUUUGUGAUAAAUAUAUCAAACAGGCUGAGAGUAUGCUUGAUACUAAACAGAAAGAACUUUUAAAAACUGAUUAAGUUUUAUUUUUAUUUUUAUUGUUGAAAUAGUAAUUAAAUAAAUUCAUUAUUUGUAUUAUUAACUUUUAAGUAAUUCUGUAAAUAAAUGAUUUUUUUUUCUAUUUAAUAUCCGAUUAAAUUAUCUUAAAGAUGCCAACAAUACGAUGAUUAAUUUGGAUUU